CAAAGGAUUCUCUGCACAUUGCUCCAUCUUUCCUCUGCUCAUUGCCUGGAUUGCUUCAGCACAGCGGCAGUGCAUUGGCAAAAUGGCGACCACCGCAGCCCUCUCCCGUGCCACCACUCCCUUGUCUUCCAGUCUGUUCCAGGGACAAAAGCUGAGGAGCAGCUCCAGCUCUGUUUUAGGGGCUGCUGUGCCACUUCCAGCCUUGAACAGGAAGAAUGUUGCGAAGGUUCCCAGGGCACGCUGCCAAGUUGGAGCAGAAGGCAACAGUCAAGUUGCAGGCAGCAGGAGGCAUCUUCUACUAGGGGCCUCUGCCGCUGCGGCUGCUGCGGCUGUUCUGCCCCAAAUUGUGGUCCCGGAGUCUGCACAAGCUGCCAACUUGACAGAGAGGAUCCAGCGAGGGGAGUACCUUGUCAAGUUGCGCACGAAGCUCAAGCAGUUCGUCAAAUCUGACCCGAAGGUCAUCAAUGACAUUCUUGCGUUGGCGCUUCAUGAUGCCGGAACGUAUGACAAGGCGUCUGACACCGGGGGCGCAAACGGGUCCAUCGUGUUGGAUGAGGAGUUGAACCGGCCCGAGAACCAGAAGCUGAAGCCGAUUGUGGCCAAGCUGAAGAAAGUAAAGGAGGAGUUCGAUGCGGAUGCUGGGGAGCAAGGGCCGGUUGGCUGGGCCGAUCUGAUCUACGUGGCAGGCGAGGCUGCCCUCCAGACCCAGUUUUUGUUCAGCGCCAUCGAGACGGCCGGCGGCGACGAGAAGAAGGGCGCGCAGCUCGCGGUCGCGUUCGGCUCUGCGGGCCAGUGGGGCUUCUUCGACAAGAAGCUCGGGCGGAAGGACGCAACGGAACCGUCCCCCGCCGGGCGGAUUCCGGGCCCCGACGCGCCGCUCUCGGCGUGGGCGGACACGUUCCAGAGGGCGGGGCUCACCCCGAAAUAUGUUGUGGCUUUGUCUCUCGGUCUCGGCCCCGAUCAAGCCGCCACCGAGGCUGAGUUGGCCAAAGACUCGCGGCUCGCUCGUGCUGUCAAGGACUACCAGAAGAGCCGGCAAACCGUCUCCCAAACCGACUACCAGGUUGAUGCCAUUGUCAAUUUCACCAAGCUCAGCAUCUUGGGACAAGAGAAGCUCAUCAACUACGAGAAGUACGCCAAGAAGACGAGACCCAUCAACCUCAGGUUCUAGACAAUGACAGUCAUGAUUCUGGCGAUUUGCAACACAGGAUCAGUUGCAGAUUACGCUGAAGGUGAGUGUUGCAAAACGAGUUGCGAAGCAGAGUGGCCAGUUAGCGGAACGUGCAUUCUUUCUGAAUAAUAAGCAAGAAAAUGCAUUGAUCAUGACAGUCUGGGCUUUUGGCUGGCCUUUCGACGUUACAGUCUAAAAGGCUCAGGCUAUAGUAUAGAGACGCAGCUGAUUGAGCGCGUCCAAUUUUCCAGACUCCUAGAUGAGAUUGAAGCGUAAGCUGAGGUGCAUGCAAGCACAGUAUCUUGUUUCGGAGUCGGCACUGGCACCCAUCGCCAUCAAGUCCGUUCAUCAAAGGUAGCAACCUGAUCUUUGAUGGGGAUUGAAUGGGUAUCUAUGCAUGACUGCUCGGGCGAGGUUAGUGCCGGGGGAG